AUGGUGUUUGAAUUACGAUUGCCUUUGGUUCCUCGGAGUCAGGACAUCUCGUACUCCGAAACCAUUGAGAAGGAGAAACCGCCUCUGCCCCCUUCGACCGGGGCUGCAAGUGAACAUCACUUCACAUCCUCCAUUUUCGUAUCAGGUGAUGGUGAAGCAAUGCCUGAAAUGGAAAGUAAAGUUGAGUAUGACCUUCUUACUUCCUUAGCAGAUAAGCCAAAGCCUCUGAAGCCGCUAGUGACUGCUGCUAGAAGGCAGUGUGAAAAAAACAGUCUUGCACUGUCCAAACUACACAAGCACAUACUAAGCGGGGACGGGCCCGAUCCAUCUGACCUGAUUUCUUACCUCCUCCCUCAACUCAUGUCAAAUCUAGCAAAUUUGGUGAGACAAUCUAUCCAAGCAGUGGAACAUGAGGUUACAAGUUUUCUGACUGAUACAAACCUUUUGUUCUUAGGCCUUAAAAACGCUUUGGAACCAGGUGAAGAGAAGCUUCAAGAGAUAUUGACAGAUGCAUCAAAUCUGGAGGUCAAUCUCAGGGAAGAGGUGAAGCAAGCAACUGCUUAUUUGGAGGCAGCAGCUACAUUCCUGGACGGACUUUCCUCAAGGUUUCAGAUGGUUUUGAACCUCCCUAGGCCUACACCUCAUAAUGCAUUAGCCUCAAACCCAUCAAUGUUAACGCUUAUAAUUAGAUGA